AUGGCGACUGCAGCAUCUUCACCCCUGGCCAGCUCUCCAGCGAAGACAAAUGGAAACAAGCUGAGCAGGCUUCUCAUCGAUGGCGGAACAAAGGUGCUGAGAAAUAUUUUCGAUCACUAUCACCCACCUGUCAUGUUGGCUUCUGACCUCAAUUUCAAUUACUCCAUUCUUAACAACCUUUUGCGUAAAAGAGUGCUAAAUGGCCAUCAGUGGGACAAACUCUUCCCCUCUGGUGGAGGAGUGCCAGACUCCAACACGUUUGACAUCACUCUUCUGUUCCUGCUGCUAACUACCAUCUGCGGCUUAUCCCCUCCCCUGACAGGAUGGCACACCAAGCCGCCCCCUGGUGAUAACACUCUUGAGGCUAACCUUGCUCGCGUUAAGUUCUUCCGGAAUGAGUUGUAUGGUCACGUGACGUCCACAGGGGUUGAUGCGACAUCUUUCUCCUCCUUCUGGCAUGAAAUAAGCAUUACUCUUCAUUCGCUGGGUUUAGAUCAAGCUGAUAUUGACAGACUGAAGGCAGAGCAUGGAGCAGAGGAAGAUUACCUUGAUGCCUUAAUUGAGUGGGCUGACAGUGAAGAGGACAUAAAAACGCAGCUGAAAGACAUCCACCAGACGCAAUUAAAACUCAGCAAAACAGUUGAAGAUGGCAAUUUAAACAUGGAACAGCUACGUCAAGCCCUAAGCAAAACUCAGGAUGUUGUAGAUGAAGCAGUGGAGAUAGAACUCAAAGGACAUCAAGAAUUGAGGGCAGCACACCAGGAAAGCAUGUCACGUUUAGAGGGAGUGUGUGAGUCCCAAAUUAAAACCAGCCAAGCUGUGGACGAAAUUCGUGAAUCAAUCCAAGAAGUAAAACAGGAAGUAAAAGGCUUGACGAAAACGAAAAGCGAGCACGCAGAUGAGGUGCUUAGGACCCUUGUGAAGUUUGAAUUCAAAGGAGACAUAGAGUUUCAUGCAAGCAAAUUCCAGGAAGGAACUCGUGAGUGGAUCUUCAAAAGCAUCGAAGACUGGUUAGACGACCGGAGCUCGCCACAUCGGGCGAUGGUAAUCAGUGGAAAUCCAGGGAUGGGAAAGACUGUUAUCUCCGCUGUUGUUUCGCAAAGAAUUAAAAAGGCUGGAAGACUCUCGGGAAUCCACUUUUGUCAGCAUGACGAUUCACGGUACCGAGAUCCACGUUUAAUGCUCCAGUCUUUAGCCUGUCACUUGUGUCAAGCGAUGCCAAGUUACAAAGAUGCUCUAGUGGAACAGCUGUCAAGAAAUCUGGGUAAAGACCUCAACAACAUGGGUGUUAAAGAGCUGUUUGCGUUGUUGUUCAAAGAGCCUCUAAGCAAAGUACAAGAUCCUGGAAGAAACAUCCUAAUAGUCAUAGAUGGCCUCGAUGAAAGCGAGUACAAAGGACGCAAUGAGCUUGUACAUGUAAUCAGUAACCACUUUUCUAUGCUUCCAGUCUGGAUUAGAAUACUCAUUACAACUCGUCCAGAGAAGAACGUUACAGAGGCCUUGCGACAUUUGAAACCAAUAGAGCUUGAACAAAAACAAGAAGAAAACUUAAAGGACAUUCAAACCUUGUUUGAAACACAACUCAGCCUCAAAAUUGGUGAGGAGCAUAAACAUGUUCUCUUGAAAGAGCUGGUCAAGAAAUCAGAAGGCCUGUUUAUUUACGCUUACUUUAUAGUGGAUUUUAUCCAAAAGAAUGUUUCAAUUCUCAGCCCUGAUCAGCUGGAAAGUGUGUUACCUUCAGAUAUUUCAUCUGUUUACCUGUCCUAUUUUACACGGUUAGAGGAUGAACUUUGCAAAGAGCUUAAUGCAGAUGAGGAACAUUUUUUGAGUUUCCUGUGUGCAUUGACCGCUGCAAGGGAACCAUUACCAGUAGAAUUCAUUGCCAAAAUUCUAAACCCAGGAGGAAAAUCUUUGACUGCGCAACGAAAAGUUAACAAAGCGAUAUCUUGCAUCUCUACACUGUUACCAGUUCGGGAGGGUCGCCUUCACUUUUUUCACAAGUCAAUCAAGGACUGGCUAGUAGCAUCAUCGCCCUAUGAACAACAUGAUUUCACCGUGGAUGAGAAAGAAGGUCAUAUUGUUCUUUCUGAUCUCUGCGCCUCUGAAAUCGAUAGCUUACAGCGAAAAGGGGUUCAUGGCAAACAAUUUUCGAAUACUGAAAUGUAUGCUUUGCAUCAUGGUACUCAGCACAUGCUUGAGGUCACCGAUCUUGACUGCGUGGACAAAACAAGAACCAGUAGUGUCACAGCAGAACAGGUGUUUCGAUACGCGACAGACGUCGAAGUUCUUUAUGCAAAACUUUGUGUUAAGAGCACAUCAGCCAUAGAAGAUCUUCUCAGUCUCCACAGUAAGAAUUGCAGUUUACUAAGCGAGGAAAGUGAUUUUGUUGUGAUUUCUCUCCUCAGUCUUCUAAGAAAACACUCUUACAUCUUGUUUGAUUACCCUCACCUAUUUUUCCAGUGUUUGAUUAACGAAGGUACCCCUGAAUUGUCGUCUACAGCAGCAGGUACUGUUGAGUCAUUAACUCCCAAAAUGCCAUGCAUGAAGUACUUAGACAAUGACAACCAAAAGGGAGCAGUCCAGGCAAGAUUUGAGUGUUCAGAUAAAAUCGCAUGUUUUGAUGUUUCACCUGAAAUGGACUACAUGGUAUGCGAGUGUCGAGAUGAAACAAUCCAUUUGUUUUCUCUGAAGUUUGGUACCAAAGUAUGGGUUCAACCAUCAUCUACACAGAGAAAGUAUUGGCCUAGAGAAUUAAGUGGGAAUGGUGCAUAUCGGCAAAUUGGGCAUUCCCUGUCAUUCUACCAUUCUGUCAUCUUUCAUCCAAAUGGAAAGUCGGUACUACCAGGAACUCUUCGAUAUGUUUACACAAUAAGUGGAGACAGAGAAGACCUUUAUCCGGACAGCGACUGUUCAUUCUCAAAUUGCGUUGUACGUUCUCUUUCUGACACUAAGAACAUAAUUUUCACAACUUGCUAUACAGAGCCAAAGCGAAUAAACAUUUGGGAUUUGGAAAAUGGCCAAUUAAUCAAUCAAUUAAUCGAGUGCAAUGCAGAAAUUACUUCCUUUGCCAUUUCUGAAGAUGGGUCACUUAUUGCUAUUUCUGACAUUACUAAUACAAUUACUGUUUUUGACGUAGACAACCAGUCUGGCUUGAAAUUACCACUCGGUAAAGAUGAUUAUCAAUCGGUAUGUGGAUUGAUGCAAUUCACAUCCGACAAUAACACUCUGGUUUGCUGCUUUCUAUAUUGGCAAUGUGAUGAAGCCGGUUGCCUGUUAGAAGAAGAAAGAAAACCAAGAUUUACCUUCAUUACGCCGGUAAAUAACAUUUCGUUACCUGAUCCUCAUUUUGAGACUCUGGAAUUUCGAACCUUUCUCUUGUGGCCAUUUGUUCCACCAAACACUUUGACUCAAUCCACUUUCAUGGGGCAGAAUGAAGGACCUUCCUGGGUAUCGAAGGUGCAGAGAGAGAUUCCACAUUUGUUCUCAGGUUCCUACAUCAGUCUUAGCGAUGAAAACAUUUUGGUUGGUAGCCCAGAUCACAAAUACGUCACGAUGUUAAACGUUGGUCAGCUGCAGAGGGAGUCCGACUCGACUUACACUUCCAACGUUAACAUGGGUGUCAGGAAGAUUAUAUUUUCUAUGGAAGGCGAUGCAAUAUACGCCAUGAGCUCGCGCGAGCGUUUCGUAAGUUCAAAUGGGGUUCUAACGAUUACUGUAUGGAAAAUGUCAAGUCGCGAAUUCCUGAAGACAAAGCAAUUUUACGGCCCUGUGUCGAUCCUCCCGAAGAAGGAAGGUCUUGUAGUCUUUAAGAAAGAUCGUGUAGCAGAGUUGUGGAAUUUCGACCUGUCGGAGUGCAUUCGAACUAUUGUUAAACUUAGUAAUACUGAUAUUUUAUAUAAAGUAAGAAUUAUGCCAGUAUCAGAUGAACUGAUAGCCUUUUUUUAUCCUCUAAGUUCUUGCGAAUCAAUUUAUAUCAGAAGUUCACAACAAUCACCACAAAACGAAGAAUCUUCCGAAUCUAAAGAAGAAAACGAGGAAUAUUUGAACUUUCUAAAAUUGUUCAAUAUGCAUGCUUAUCGCAUUGACUUUAUAGACUUAACCAGUGUCGGAGGAAAGCUUGUUUCCUCGUUAAGCAUGGGAGUUGGCGCCAAAGAAUACGUAGACUAUGUCUCAUGCAGUAGUUGUUUGGGCGAAGUGUUGGUUUGCACUGUCGAAGAUAUAUCCAAGGGAUUACCUAUAGACAACGAGAAGCUCACUGUUAGCUUAAGAAAGAACGGAAUAAUUAAAUGGGAACGAAACACAGAAUACGUGUUCUCACCGUUCCAACAGCACAUGAUUUUCUCACCCAGGAAUGAGUUUGUUGUCACGUGGAACACUCUCGACAGGGGCCAAGGAAUACACGUUCUUCAGGCGGAAACUGGACAGACAUUACACGUCUUUCUUAGAGACCAGAAAGACAUUAUUGAAUGUAAAUUUUUAGAUGAUGAAUCUCUGGUAUGCUGCAGUGGGGAAAACUUCCUUCGAUUGUAUAAUGUCAGAACCGGAGACCUUCUAAGUGGUUUAGACAUUGGAGAGCAACCUUUCUGUCUGGGAGCAUGUUUGUACCAUCCUCUUAUUGCCAUUGGUUUGUCCGGCACAAGAAUAAAAUUCGUCCACGUACAGUUACCAACAGAGUCUAAAAAGAAGAAAUAAAGGUGAGCCUUUCUCUAGUCGGUCAAAAAUAGGCACAAGGCCAAUUUCGCGAGUUAAGUAACCUAACAGUACCUAGACCCUACGAGUUCUCUCUAUUUUUUCAGUCCGUAGAGCGAAAGGCUCGAGACACGAAAAUAACCACGCACGCGACUGAAUGUGCAGGCUCUCUCUCUCGCGUGUACUUUUUUCACGAAAAAAUUAAUUUGAAGAAAAUAGAAGAUUAUUUGCAGCCAAAACCAGGAGGCAAAAUUAAUUAUGGCUCCUGGUCUAAAACAGUGCCCACACCUCAACACGAUAAGUAGAUAUACGUCUAGAGUGAAUCGUAUUCUUACAAAUUUGCGCACGAAAGUUCAUAAAUCGUAUUCCGCGGUUCUGGGGAACAAAUACCGAUGUUUCAAAGGGAACGUAUAAUACCGUUCCAGUUUGACUGCUCAUGAAAAAGACCACCGCCAAAAGGAUAGAGCCGACCAUAAAGUUAAGUGAAUGUACCAAAAACGAUUUUGAAAGAUUUAUACAGUAGGACACAGAUGACAGUGAAGCAGAGAGAGAAUAUGAAAAAAUGUAAGAAAAAGAACCAUGUUUGAAUUACCUAAAAUCAUCGCCAUCAAGUCCAUAACUUACAGCAACUUUAAGAAUUAUUUUAUUUCGUAACGUGACAUAACAUUAAAUUUCGCAACUUUAAGUUUUCUUGCACUCCAGUUUUCGCUGCUAGUAGAUUUCAGGAUUGUUUUGAGUUUGCGAAUAACGCGAACUUUAGAUUUGAUAGCCUCCACCUUACUUAUUUAAAUAACGCAAGUGAAUUUCUGUUUUCAGUUGCAGUUUUAACGCAAGUAAAAUGAGCAACUUCUGAUGACCUGACACUAGCCGAGCACAAAGAGCUGGAUUCUGGAUGAAAAGAAAUAAUUGCAAAAGUCGGGAUUUAAAUUUAUUUGAAGAGCCCUGGAUGCAAGCUGCUAUAAAGAGACAUGUAUAUUAUGAACUUUGAAAUUUCGCACAUUAACAGAGUAGCGG